AUGGCGAGCUCCCCCAGCAAGUCCCUAUGUGCUACAUUCGACGACGACGCACAAAUGAAGAUCACAGUAAACCUAGGCGGAUACACCACACAGGUCCUGAUAGACUCAGGAGCCCAAGGAAACUUUAUCGCACCCCGAAUAGUGCAACAGCGAGAAAUACCAUGGAAUCAGAAGCAAAACCCUUACCGACUAAGGAAUGUGGAAGGGAAAGAAGUCGAGUAUGGCGGAGGCAGCAUUGAUCAGGAGACAGCGCAACUCCCUUUGCUCUACCAUGGCCAUCAGGAGCUUAUCAGCCUCGACAUCACGGAGAUAGGAAACCACGACGUUACCGGCCGAAUAAAAUUCAAUCCAGCCUCUGAGAAGCACUCGACGAAGGCCUCAUGCGGAUUACUAGCAGCAACCAGAGCAAGACCACGCCUGAUGCUAAGGAUAAAAGACAUUGGCACUAGGACGCUAGCAGCCACGACGAUUGACAAAGUCACGGAAGAUCCAAUGUCAAAGAUACCUGUUGAAUACAGGGUCUACAGCAAACUCUUUGCACCAGAACUCGAGACCGGAUUACCGGAACACAGCAAGUGGGAUCACAAGAUCGAAAUUAAGGAAGGACACGAACCCACCUUUAACAAAAUAUACCCACUCAACCAAAAGGAAAUGAAAGCCUUAGACGAAUGGCUUGACGAAAAUCUUGCGAAAGGAUUCAUCAGACCUUCGAAAUCACCCGCAGGAUACCCCGUACUAUUCGUACCAAAGAAGAACGGGAAGAAAAGACUUUGUGUCGAUUAUCGACGACUCAACGAUAUUACGAUCAAAGACUGUUACCCACUGCCCCUCAUAUCGGAACUAAGAGACCUACUCUACGAGGCCCAAUGGUUCACAGCCUUGGACCUUAAAGGAGCCUACAACCUUAUCCGAAUUGCAGAAGGAGAUGAGUGGAAAACAGCCUUCCGAACGAGAAGAGGACAGUUUGAAACGUUAGUCAUGCCAUUUGGACUCACCAACGCACCGGCUACAUUCCAAACUAUGAUCAACCAAGUACUACGGGAAUAUCUGGACAAGUCUGUUGUUGUGUACCUCGACGACAUCCUUAUAUUCUCCAAAACGUUGGAAGAACACAAGAAGCAUGUCCACGAGAUUCUCAAAGCACUCGAACAAGCGAAGCUACUUGUGGAACCAGAGAAGAGUCUGUUUCACAAACAGGAAGUAGAAUUUUUAGGGUUCACAAUCACGCCAGGCGUAAUCAAGAUGUCCCCUAACAAAAUCAAGGCUGUGCAAGAAUGGCCUACACCAGAAAACCCGAAGGACAUACUAUCCUUCUUAGGAUUUACAGACAAACAACAGAAAGCGUUCCAAGAAGUCAAGGACAAGGUCACAUCGGAACCCGUCAUCCAGAUUCCGAACCCUGAGAAGCCCUUCGAGCUCGAAACGGAUGCUUCGAACGAAGCUGAAGGAGCGCAGCUAGGCCAAAGGGACGAGAACGGAGUCCUACACCCCUGUGGAUUCUUUUUAAGGAAGUUCCAAGGACCUGAACUGAAUUACCAGAUCCAUGAUAAGGAACUUAUAGCAAUUAUCGACGCAUUCAAAGAAUGGAGACCCCAACUAUCAGGAACAAAGUACGAAGUCAAAGUGUACACGGAUCACAAGAAUCUGGCACACUUCACCACUUCGAAAGAGCUCAACAAACGACAAAUCAGAUGGUCAGAAUUCCUCUCAGAAUUCAACUUCAGAAUCAUCUACAGGAAAGGAUCAGAAAACGGCAGAGCAGACGCGCUCAGCCGAAGACCCGAUUACAAGGACGAAGUCCUAGAAGAAACUCAGGUUAUCCUUAAAAAAGACAAUGGCGACCUCGUACCCGCCGCGAAACUCUUAAUGAUCGGCGACCGUGUCAAGACCAGCACGACUGGAAGAAUGACACACGACCAGAUCAGGGAGAUACACAGCGCACCCGCUCACGGUCACCAAGGAUCUGCGCAAAAAUACGACAGUAUACUAGUGGUUGUGGAUAGAUUCACGAAGUACGCGUAUUUCAUACCAUACUUGGAAUCAAGCACGGCAGAAGACUUAGCAUACACCUUUCUCAGGAUCAUUGUCAGCCAACACGGCCUGCCCCAGGAAAUAGUGUCAGACAGAGGAUCAGUCUUUACGUCCAAGUUUUGGAGAUCCCUGAUCUCGCAGCUCGGAGCAAAGCACAGCCUCAGCACUGCCUUCCACCCGCAGUCCGACGGACAAACGGAAAGAAUCAUCCAGAUCCUGGAAACGUACCUAAGGAGUUAUGUGAACUACGACCAGGACAACUGGGUCAAGUUGUUACCAACCGCACAGUUCGCAUACAACAGUUCAAUAGGAGAAAGCACGCGAGAAUCACCUUUCUUCCUCAACUAUGGAUUCAACCCUACCGCUUAUGGAGAACCCCGAACCGGCUCUGCCGCGAUAAAAGCAGUAGCAGACAUCAAGAAACUUAAGGAAAUCCAACAAAAACUACCCCAAGAACUCGAAUUCGUACGGCAAAGAAUGAAGAAACACGCCGACCGACAUAGGGUGAGAGGCCCACCCCUAAAAGAGGGAGGUAGCGCCUAUCUCAUACGGCGAAACAUCAAAACGAAACGACCUAGCGACAAACUCGACUUCAAAAAACUAGGACCUUUCGAAAUCACGAAGAAAAUUUCCGAAGUUAACUACAAGCUGAAACUACCGGAAACAAUGAAAUGUCACCCAGUCUUUCACGUCUCAUUAUUAGAACCAGCACCAGACGGUACACACACCGAAGACUGCAUCAUUAUGGAAACAGAUGACACCGAAUACGAAGUAGAACGCAUUCUAGACCACCGGAGGAAUGACGAAACAACAGAAUACUUCAUUAAGUGGAAAAACUAUGGACACGAAGACGAUUCGUGGGAACCAGCUAACGUCGCACACCCACUUCUCGCACACCCCCACAUUUCGCACACCCAUAAAUCGCUCAUGUAG